AUGUUGGAUGGGCCAAUACAUGGAGUGCCCCUAGGAGCAGAAAAUGUACGUAUCUCAGUUGAAGUGCCUAUCAAGGAAGAUGCUUAUCUCCUAAUCCCAAAUUUGUUAGGUGACAUAUUUACAGUAAAGCAAGCUAUAGGUACUCAUGCUGCUUGGCCCCGAAAUCUUGUUUUAAUGUCACAUGAAGAGAACUCAAGGAGCACUUUGAAGUCUUUGAGCAAAAAACCAAUCACACAAGCAACAUACAAGAUGCCUGUGUCUGUGCAUCUUCUACAGCAUUUGGCAAGAAUAAUGGACAAAUCUACAGCAGUGAUGGUCCCAAUGGAGGAUGGUGUGUUUGACAAUGACCACAAUACAUUCAUAAACAGUAACAACAUCAUCCAAUUUUGUUUGAUGCAGCCAAUAUCCACUAUUUGCAUUUCUAUCUACAUGAGACACCUAUGGUUGUUGUUGAAACUAAAGGAUGAAGAUCACUUGUAUGCAUUUAAGGAUCCUGGAUGCAUCUCUAAUGAAGCUGGAAAGAUUGAGGCUAGAUCAUGUGCACUAUCACUUAGAUUAGAGUCUGCCCAAGUAGAUCAGUUAAUUCUUGUUCCUUAUAAUACAGGGAAUCAUUGGUUAUUGGCUGCCAUUAACCCUUUUACUGCGUUGGUGUAUUACUUCGACCCAUUGAGUAACAUUAGCAUCAAUACAGGGAUGAAGAAAAUCGUAGAGCUGUAA